AUGCCGCAAUCCCCGCGCAUCCUAAAAAUCGAAGAUCUCCCCGCCACCUCCGCAAAAUGGAUUUCCUUUCAAAAAAUCUCCUGGCAGGACCAAACAGGCAAAGACCGCGUCUGGGAAGCCGCAGCCCGCAAGACACGCAGCAAGUCCGGCGUCGACGCCGUCGCCAUCGUAACCAUUAUCCGGCACCCGUCUCGCCCGCCCUCUACAAUCAUCAUACUGCAGUACCGGCCCCCCGUCAACGCCGUGUGCGUCGAGCUACCCGCGGGACUGGUGGAUGAGAAGGAAUCGCCGAGUGAAGCCAGUGUGCGCGAGUUAUACGAGGAGACGGGGUAUCAAGGCAAAUUAAAGUUUAUUAGUCCGACGAUUGUGUCUGAUCCGGGGAUGAGCACGGCGAAUAUGCAGUUGGCGGUUGUGGAGGUGGAGUUGGCGGAGGGGGAUGAGGAGCCAGAGCAGGCGCUAGAUGAUGGAGAGUUUAUUGAGAGGGUUGUUGUGCCGGUGGAUGAUUUGUAUGAGCGGUUGAUUGAGUAUGACAAAGAGGGCAAGACGGUGGAUGCGAGGUUGUGGCAUUGGGCUGCGGGGUGGCAUGCGGCUAAGUCUAUGAUGUGA